AUGCAUCAACAACAUAACAGCAUCCAAGAGAAGGACAAGUUAACAAGCGAUCUUUGUAGGUCUUCCUUGUUGCGAAUUAUUCCCAAAGAAUGUUUUCAACCGAGUGCUUUGAUUUACUAUUCUGAUUUCACACUCUCACUCGUUUUGUAUCAUUUGUUGUUUUAUGCAUGUUAUAAAUUGAUGAAGGAGGGUUAUAUUUAUCAGGCAGUGGUAUUGGCAUUCAUUACAUCCUUCAUAUUUUACAGGGUCAUGUUGUUCAUUCAUGAAUCUGUUCAUCAAUCUCAAAAUUUGCCCAAUUUUGUAAAGUAUUACAACCUUGUGAAUGGAUUCCCUAACAAGGUUCCUCUCUAUUGCUACAAACCACAUCUGACACAUCAUGAUCCAAAAGUCUAUGGUCAAGCUAACGAUCCAGAAUAUCAGAGCAUCAGUAGUGGUUCAAUAUGGUUUCAUUACCUAUUGGUUCCAGUGAUUUUUCAAUUUCCUGUUGCAGUAUUUACAUGUUUACGUUUUAAUCUAGUUCCAUUCCUUCUACCAUUCAUUGGAAGUAAGGGAAGAGAGUUCAUUUGGAGAUAUGCAUCCACAUUGGCCAUGAAUCCAUUCUUUGACAGAGGUCUCCCAACUGAACAAGAUAAGAAGGAGUGGUAUGUGCAAGACUUUGGAUGUGCAUGUGCAACAACUUGUCAAUUUAUUGCUAUUUACUUUGGAUUUAUUGAAGAUGGUUUGAGUUUUAUGAGAACAACUCUUAUCAUUGUUUACUUUUUGCUUGUUGUGAACAUGUACAGAGCAAUGGCUGCUCACAGAUACUUUGCUGAACCACAUCAACCACCACUCUCUAGAAAACAAAUGAUUUUGGAUUCGGUCAACUAUGCAAGUGAUUCUUGGAUUUGUUUCUUUUGGUUUCCUGUUGGAACACUUUAUCAUGGCUUACAUCAUGUAUUUCCCACAAUUCCAUAUCAUCACCUUGCAAGAGUUCACUCAAUUUUGGUUGAACAUUUGAGAAGGAAUGAUCCUUCCCAUCCCUAUUUAUGUACUGUGAUUGAAAGUUAUUGGGAAAAUGUGAGAGCUCAAAUCAACUUGAAAUUGUAA